AUGCAAUACGUUGGGAAAGUCGGAGAUUACGUUUAUAGUCAAUGGAAUUCAUUGAAUCCAGCUACCUUAUCAGGAGCAAUUGAUGUUAUAGUUGUUGAACACCCUGAUGGAACAUUACACACUUCACCAUGGCACGUUCGGUUUGGUGUUUUACAAAUUGCCAAACCAUCCCAAAAGAAAAUUGAUUUAUAUGUGAAUGGCACUAAGACCAAUUUGCCAAUGAAAUUAAGUGAAGGAGGAGAAGCUCACUUUGUUUUUGAACUCGAAGGUGAUCAUCCUGGCUUAUCUCAACAUGUGUUAACAUCCCCAAUUAUCUCGCCCUUGUCUUCCCCUGAUUCGUCUCCUACAACUGGUGCCACUGAACCACCGGAUGAUUUAGAUUUAAAUAAGGAUUCAAUUGAAGACAAAAUUAAAUUGAGUGACGUUCCAAGUCCAGUGGCAAGAGCAAAGAGUCCGACUCCUUCUGUGUCGUCGAAAGUUGCAAUUGAAAGUGCCAAAAAGAUCACACAGAAAUUAAACAUUCCUACAAAGAUAGAUUUGAAUGGAGAUAUGCUUAUUGAUUUGGAUGGGUAUAAGGCAAACUCAAAAAAGAAUAUUGAAAAUUCUGAUGAAUUGUUCAAGAAGAUAUUUUUGGAAGAAUUCGAAGGUGAAUAUUCACAUGGGGAAAAGAUCAAAGCAUGGGAGCAUAUUAUCAGUAAAGAUGAUAAUGGUAACUAUAGAAUUUCAAAUGUUAGUGAUGAAUUACAAGCCGGUGAACCGGAUGACGAUGAAUCAUUGGAAACCAGUGCACCAGUAACGGAAUCCAGUACUUCUGCGUCAAUAAAUACAAGUUCUUCCUCGGCAAAAACUGGAGGGGAAAAAUCAGAGAAAACUUAUUUCAAAACCCUUAGGUUGACUUCUGAACAAUUAUGUCAAAUGAAUUUACAUUAUGGUGAGAACACUCUUAAAUUUCAAGCACAUGGAACUAAUUCUCAAGUCACUGCUAAUUUGUUUCUUUGGAAAUCAACAACACCGAUAGUUAUAUCAGAUAUUGAUGGUACUAUCACCAAAUCAGAUGCGUUGGGUCAUGUUUUGAAUUUGAUUGGUCGUGAUUGGACCCAUCCAGGUGUUGCUAAUUUGUUUCAAGACAUUAGUCAAAAUGGAUACAAUAUUAUUUAUUUAACUGCUAGAGCUGCUGGUCAAGCUGAUACUACUAGACAAUACUUACAUGGUAUAAACCAAGAUGGGUACAAGUUACCAAGAGGUCCUGUCAUUUUGAGUCCAGAUAGAACGUUUGCCGCAUUACGUCGUGAAGUGGUGUUGAAGAAACCGGAAGUGUUUAAAAUGGCUUGUCUUUCGGAUAUUAAAAGCUUGUAUUUCGCACCCGUUAUUGGCGAAGAAGAAGAUGAUGAUGAUGAUGACGACAAUGAACACACUCCUUUCUAUGCUGGAUUUGGUAAUAGAAUCACUGAUGCGAUUAGUUAUAGAUCUGUCAACAUUCCACCUCAUCGUAUUUUCACAAUAAACCCUAAUGGGGAAGUGCAUAUGGAAUUGUUGGAAUUGGCUGGUUAUAAAUCAUCAUACUUGCAUAUUGGAGAAUUGGUGGAUCAAUUCUUCCCACCUAUCAGAGCUGUUAGCUCAAUUUCAUCAUACUGGAACAAUGCUCAAUGGAAUGAAUAUAUGCAAAAUCACAACACACCUUCUCCGCCGGGCUCACCAAGAUCACCAGGAUCGCCUAGAAGUUUUAUGGAUGAGUAUAGAACUGAUGAGAAGUUCAAUGAUGUCAAUUACUGGCGUGAACCAAUUGAUUUUGAGAAUUUAACCGAUAGUGAUGAUGCUGCUGAAUGUAUUAAACAAGCUGUUACAGAAAGUCCUACAGGCAUGAAGAAAGGUGAUAAAUUGACUCAUAACGCUUCAGACAAAGAGGAUCAUACUGGAAACCCAGAUUUGGUAACCCAAACUCCAAAUGGUAAAAAAGAGAGACCUGUAAGUGGAUCAUCAUUUACUUCACCAUUGAAGAGUUUUAUGAUGUUUGGUAAAAAGAGAGCUAAUGGAGACGAUGAUGAUGAUGAGUACGAAUAUGAAGGUAAUCAUGAAAAAGUUGAUGAGGAUGAGUUUACUGAAGAUGAAAUGGAUGAGGAUGAAGAUGAUUACACUGAUGAUGAUUAUGAAGACGAUUAUGAUGAGAUGAGAUGA